UUAUUUUGUCAUCCUACAGAAACAUCAUUUGCAGUUGUGUGGAAGUUUAACUUUCCAAUCAUUUGGUCUCUCUCUGAAGAGAGACCAAACUUGAAAUGUUAAAGAGGUUAUAUGAGGAGGGGAGGAUGGAGAACGUCUCCUCACACCAAUACUUCAUCUUCAAUGGUUUCAACGAACUCGGAGCUCUGAGGCCCGUCCUCUUCAUCCCAUUCUUCUUCAUGUUCGUUGUUUCCCUCUCAGCCAACUCCCUGCUGCUGUACGUCAUCAUUUCUCAGAGGAGCCUCCACUCACCGAUGUGCAUCCUCAUCGCUGGCAUGGCAUUUGUGGACCUGAGCUACCCCCUGUUUUUUGUCCCUCACAUGCUGCUGAACUUCUUGUUCGACUGGAGGGGAAUCUCUCUGAUCGGCUGCCUGGUUCAGAUGCACUUCAUUCACUUUGUUGCAUCUUUUCACUCCACUUCUCUGGUAUGGAUGGCCAUAGACCGCUACUUUGCCAUCUGCACACCACUUUACUACCAUGAAUGCAUGGCUUUACCAAGAUUCCUCAAGUUCAUAAUCCCACUUGUGGUCAGAAAUGUCCUCCUGUUUACACUGCUUGUGAGUCUGGCAGGAACACUGUCAUUUUGUGCUGAUAAUGUGAUGAACCACUGUUUCUGUGAGCACAUGGCCUUGGUGGAACUGGCCUGUGGAAGUACAGCCAUCAACAACCUGAUUGGGCUAAUGACUAUUUUCCUAAAUCCUGUAGCAGAUUUCAUCUUUAUUGCUGUGUCGUAUGUGGUGAUAUUCAGCUCUGUGCUCAAGUCCGGCAAGUCAAGUGUCAAAGCGCUUCACACCUGCAUCACCCACAUUGUGGUCAUUACUGUCAGUCUGAUCGUAGCACUUGCUGCUUUGCUGUCGUAUCGGAUCAGAAAUCAUCUUCCGGAAGGUAUUCGGGUUUUCUUCAGCAUCAUGUACCUGCUGUUCCCGAGCUGUUUCAACCCAAUGAUUUAUGGCAUCAGAACCACCGAGAUCCGACAGCACAUUAUUAAAAUGCUGACUUGCCCUCAUUAUUAG